AUGAUCAAUGGUGUCGUGCCGUCUCCGACGUCCCUCGACGCCGAAGGGCCGACAGCAUUGAGGCCGAUGCAGGGAAGAAAGCGAGCGCGACGUCCCAUUCAGCUGUCGGUGUUCCCGCAUUUCAUUCGCCACCUGUCGGGUAGUUUGACUACGAGAUUCGGAAGGUCGAGAGAUCAGUAUCUCACCAGUCACGACAGCUAA